GUCUCACGGAACCAUAGAUUCCUCUAGGUAGAGGGGAGGACUUUUAUUUUGAUAGCUACUGAUUGGCAGAACAGGAUUCUGCGCUGCUUAUAGUCUCGCGGGACCAGCACGAAGUAGCGUUUGGUCUCGUGGCGACAGGUACAAGCUCCGGUCGGAAAGCUCCAGCUCGUGGGAAAGCUGCUUUAAAAGAACUCUGUGGGAGAUAGUUUUAUUGUGCUUAUUGACUGGAAAGGAUUAAAGGAACACCUGGAGGGUGUAUCAAGGGGCACUGUGUGCGUGAGAGGAAUCCAUAGUUGAAGCAGGUAUGGGUUGUUUUUAAUAUUGUAUUGUGGUAGUUUGAAUUACAGUGGACUUUACUAGAUUUAGGGGGUGUACUGGACAUAAAUAUUAAAAGUUUACUAAGCUUACUCAAUUUUCAGUAUAUUAAAAGAAAGUUUGUUUUAUCUUAGUGAAUGUGGGAGCUCCAGGAAUCAGCUGGGGGUGUGUAGCUGCUGAGUGCGUUUGUAUUGAUGCUGAAGGUGCUGUGAAGGCGAUUGAGUUCUGGCUUCCGCAUUUACGACUGAUUGGUAUGUAUUAUCUGACUGGAUACUUUAUUUAUGCAGUAAAAAGUAACUAAUACAGUCAAUGAGUGGAGUGGCUAACUUUUAUUUAUGUUUUAGGAGUGACCGAAAAAGGCCAAUGAUAGUAGCCACUGUUUUUCUCUCAAAAUCUUCUCUUACAUCUUCUCCCGGGUUUUAGGAUUGUAUCUUUACAUCUAAAUAAUUUUUAGAGUUUAAAUUAAAAUAAAAUUAUGGUUUUAGUGAUUUAACAUAGGCUUUUUGGCCCAGGGUUGCCAUACUUCCUCAUAGAACCAUUAUCUGGUGCCUUCCAGUACAGCUUCAACGAGUACAUUAACUUGAUUUAUGGGAAGUAACUGGUCCUUUUGGUUUAGAGCUUCAGCCCCUUAUUGAUAUAUUUACUUUGUAGUGUUAUGGUUUUGUGCACAUUUUAAUUUGAGUGUAUUUCGCUUUGUUUGCAGUGUGGUUUAUUAUUAUUAUUAUUAUUAUCAUUAUUUUCUUCUUUUUUGGUUUUCUUUUAUUUAUUUUGUGUGCUAAUUAAUGGGUGGCUUGAAGCCUGACUUAAUCGGCAAAUUUACUAAAUCCUUCAGUUUUACCAAGUGAAAGUACAUAGACUAUUGAGAUCAGUGUUAUAGCCCAGCUUGAAGCCUGACUUAAUCGGCAAAUUUACUAAAUCCUUCAGUUUUACCAAGUGAAAGUACAUAGACUAUUGAGAUCAGUGUUAUAGCCCAGAUUGAAGCCUUAUUUAAUAGACGAAUUUAUUAAAUCAUUAAGUGUUACCAAGUGAAAGUACUUAGAUAAUUGGGAUCAGUGUUAUAGGCCCAAAUUAUAAUGCUCGUGAAGUCUUAUAUUGGGUGAUUUUAUGGAAAACAGUGAUUUGUAUGAGUGUCCUGAAAGAAAUGUUUAAAAAUUGUUAAUCCCUUGCUGUGGUCAGUUUUGUAUAACCACUAGCGUUUUAAGAGAAGGUGAUUGGUCUGGUUUAAUGUAUCUGUUUUAAACAAAAUAAUAAAUGUGUUCUGUAAACCUUAGCCUCAUUCCGUUCCUGUGUGCCUUAUUACAUUUUUAGUGAGUGGGUUUAUAAAACAUUCCAAUAUAAGGUACCCAGGGGUCACAUUUUGGCGUAGUCGGCAGGAUUGAGGCUGAUAGAGGUUUUUUUUUUUAAGACACGUACAAAUAUUUUUUUCCAGGACACUCAUUUUUUUUGUUUUGAAAUAUAUCAGAGGUUUUAGCAGAGAGGGAGAGAGAGGGAGAAAAACAGUGGUUAUUAUCGGAAGAUCCAGUGGGACGGUGUGCCACGCUAUUCAAGAAGCCCCAUCCCGGAGAGACAACAGAGCGGACCGUUCCUAGAAGUGUUUUUGUUGUUUGUUUUUUCUUUUGGUUUUUGUAUUUUAAUAUUAUUUUUGGAGUAAUAUGUCUACUUCCGAUAUGGAAGAACAAUUCAGGGCAUUGACAGAACGUGUACAACAAUUGCAAGCCGAAAAUGAUAGGCUUAAAGUAACAGAGGAAGUUAAUGUGGGUGCUAGCACCCGUACUGGUGAAGCCAGGGCUAGGAUUCAAUCAGAGGGUAACCAAACUAGAUUUGAGCGUUAUGUGUAUAUUCCUAGAGAACGAAAAUGCCCUAGAUUUUCUGGUAAAUCCUCAGAUAUGUUGACUGUAGAAGAUUGGGUUGAGGAGGUGCGCAGGUCCUUGGAGGGUCGCCAUAUGCCCCCAUUAGAGCAAGCCUUAUUUGUCUAUGAUCAUCUAGAAGGGGAGGCUAAGACUGAAAUUAAAUUCCGCCCAGCUAUUGACAAGAAUGACCCAGAGAGAAUUUUUGCCAUUUUAGUAGAUCUGUAUGGUUGUUCACAAUCUUAUAUUGGGUUACAAAAGCAAUUCUUUCAACGUCGACAAUUAGAUGGGGAAUCAUUGAGAGAAUAUUCUCAUUCUCUUUUAUCUCUCAUGGAAAUUGUUAAACGUCAAAGCCCUAGGCCCAUUACCAAUGCUGACCACCUGGUGCGCGACCAGUUCAUUGAGCAUGUUCGAGAUGGUAUGCUCCGGAGGGAGCUAAAACGUACCGUAAGGCUUAACCCUGAUAUUUCUUUCUUGGCUGUUCGCAGUGAUGCCAUUCGUUGGGUGGAAGAAGGUGAGCAUGGGGCACAUACAAGGACACGCGCAUACUCCUGUGAUACUCAACUUGAGGUAGUGGGUGAGUGUAACAUCGCCACUCAAGCAGUAGUACCUCAACCAAAUAGGGAAAUAUCUGAAUUGAAGGAGUGUUUAAAAAAACAGCAAGCCCAGCUGGAUCUGUUGUUAAAUCACUUUUCUUUGGCUAACCAGCCAUCUCCCAUGAAUGGGGCAUCCUUGGGCCAAGCGGCACCGACAUAUCAUUAUGACCCUUCUGGUAGGCCAAUUUGUGUGAGGUGUAAAAAGCCAGGCCACAUAGCAAGAUUUUGUCGGGAGGGCAGAGGGUCAAACCAUUUUUCUAGGGGUGGUAGGUUUCAGGCCAAUAUGGGGACAAGGGUGGUUAGUGCCUCUGAGCCACAGGAAAACUAAUACCCGCUGUUGUUGAGGGCCAAGCAUCAGAUGGGGUUAGGGUAGGCUCAAAAUUGCACUCAAGUAAAUUAUCUAAGUUGAUGGGUGAUUGUCCUGUAGUUGAGGUAUGCAUGGGAGGGGUGUUAGUUCCUUGCUUACUAGAUACAGGCUCUAUGGUCACUACUAUCACUGAAGGGUU